UCGGUCCGCAGGCGCGGCGCGGCCCGGCCAUGCCGGCCAAGAGGAAGCCGGUGCUGCCGGCCCUCACCAUCACUCCCAGCCCAGUCGAAGGACCCGGACCUGGACUCGGUGGUUCCGCAGAGGCUAACCUGGUGGACCUUCAGAAGAAGCUCGAGGAGCUGGAGCUGGAUGAGCAGCAAAAGAAGCGCUUGGAAGCUUUCCUCACUCAGAAAGCCAAAGUGGGAGAGCUGAAGGAUGAUGACUUUGAGCGGAUCUCUGAGCUGGGGGCUGGCAAUGGUGGUGUGGUCACCAAAGUGCAACACAAACCCUCAGGGCUCAUUAUGGCACGGAAGCUGAUUCAUCUGGAAAUCAAACCAGCCAUCAGGAAUCAGAUUAUCCGAGAGCUGCAGGUGCUGCAUGAGUGUAAUUCCCCAUAUAUUGUGGGUUUCUAUGGAGCCUUCUACAGUGAUGGAGAGAUUUCCAUCUGCAUGGAGCACAUGGACGGUGGCUCCCUGGAUCAAGUGUUGAAAGAAGCCAAAAGAAUUCCUGAAGAAAUACUGGGGAAAGUCAGUAUAGCGGUUCUGAGAGGUUUGGCCUAUCUGAGAGAGAAGCACCAAAUCAUGCACAGAGAUGUGAAGCCUUCCAACAUCCUGGUUAACUCUCGAGGAGAGAUUAAGCUGUGUGAUUUUGGGGUCAGUGGUCAGCUCAUUGACUCCAUGGCAAACUCUUUUGUGGGAACUCGGUCCUACAUGUCUCCUGAGCGAUUGCAGGGCACUCAUUACUCAGUCCAGUCCGACAUCUGGAGCAUGGGUCUGUCACUGGUGGAGCUUUCUAUUGGAAGGUACCCAAUACCCCCACCAGACUCCAAGGAACUGGAAGCAAUAUUUGGCCGUCCUGUGGUGGAUGGGGCAGAGGGAGAAUCUCACAGCGUCUCGCCGCGGGCCAGACCCCCAGGCCGCCCCAUCAGUGGCCAUGGAAUGGACAACCGACCUGCAAUGGCCAUUUUUGAACUGCUGGACUAUAUAGUUAAUGAGCCACCUCCCAAGUUGCCAAAUGGAGUUUUCACGCAAGAUUUCCAGGAGUUUGUAAAUAAAUGCUUAAUUAAGAAUCCAGCGGAACGGGCAGAUUUGAAGAUGCUGAUGAAUCACACCUUCAUCAAGCGUUCUGAAGUGGAGGAGGUGGAUUUUGCCGGCUGGCUCUGCAAAACAUUGAGGUUAAACCAGCCCAGCACACCCACCCGUGCUGCCGUGUGAUGGCCGAGCCGACCGCCUGGCGUCAGUACAUCUGCCUCUGUCACCAUUCCCUGUCCUUCAGUACACAACAGAACUGCCCUCCUUCCUUCUCCCCAGCCCCUUCUCACCUCGCAUCCCACCGGCAGAGCACCAUCACUUGGAAAUGUUAAUCAGCUGCCCCCCAACCCCAAGCAAAUGUGGGCUUGGUUUCUGUUGUUCUGGGGGGGGUCCUGGGUCUCUGCUCCAGCUUGGAGCUCUUGACAAUUGGGAAAUGUGCUGCUUAUGUUAAUUUUUUUCUUUUUUUUUUUUUUUUUUUUUUUCUUUUUUUUU